GGCUAUUACAUCUUUGACUGUUGCGUGUUUUAUGGCUCGGAAUAUUCGUUCUUGCAGAUUUUGCUAGUUCCAUGCAAGGAAACUCAUGGUCCAUCUUUUCUGUGGUUGUAGGAGUAUGGCUGGAGAGAAGAAAAGCCAUCCGCGGCUGAACGAGCGGAUCAUGUCGUCCCUCUCAAAGCGGUCUGUCGCCGCGCAUUCCUGGCAUGACCUUGAGAUAGGACCUGGCGCCCCUCAGGUUUUCAAUUGUGUUGUUGAGAUCACAAAGGGGAGUAAAGUGAAGUAUGAGCUUGACAAGAAGACUGGACUUAUCAAGGUUGACAGGGUGCUGUACUCAUCUGUGGUCUAUCCGCACAACUACGGUUUCAUACCACGCACGCUUUGUGAGGAUGGAGAUCCAAUGGAUGUGCUGGUGUUGAUGCAGGAACCGGUGAUACCUGGUUGCUUUCUUCGAGCUAGGGCCAUUGGCCUUAUGCCUAUGAUUGAUCAGGGUGAGAAAGAUGACAAGAUAAUUGCAGUUUGUGUUGAUGAUCCUGAAUACCGCCACUUAACCGAUCUCAAGGAGCUGUCUCCCCACCGCCUUAAUGAAAUUCGUCGCUUCUUUGAAGACUACAAAAAGAAUGAGAACAAGGAAGUUGCUGUGAACGAGUUCUUGCCACCGAUCACUGCGCUGGAGGCCAUUCAGUACUCCAUGGACCUAUACGCUGAAUAUAUCCUGCACAGUUUGAGGCGCUAG